AUGGCCUCUAUACUGCCUCUAGUUCCCACUAAGAAUGCUCCGCCGAUAACUCUUUGCCAACGGCCCGGCUUCGGCGAUGAAGGAAGUGGCUCAAGAAAGAGGACUGAAGUUUUGACGAACAGAUUCGAACUACGGAUGGGAAAGGCAUCAAAUUACUAUCAAUAUAUAGUCGAAUUCUAUAGGCUUUCGCGUAAUGAGGAUGAAAGUGGCCAUAGAGAGCCUCUUACUGGCGAUUCCAACAGCAAGAAAGAGCUCCGAAGAUGCAUUUUCAAUGCUUUCCAAACAAGUCAUCGGUCGGAUAUUUUCCAACACAUCGGCGCUGCAUAUGAUGGCGGCAGUGUUGUUUAUACAACCCGCAAGCUAGCUCUUGGGGAAACCAAUCGAACUAGCGAACUUGUUGAAUUAAAUAACGAUCACAAUCAUACUGGCAGACCAAAUGAGUACUAUAUACAUAUAAAAGAUCAUGACAACGAGCCGGAAAUCUUGCUUGAUGAUUUGAGAGCCGUUUUAACGAGCAAUAAUUUCGAGUGGGACUUUUUCAACAAUCAAGGCUUGAAAAUGAUUAAUGCCUUCUUACAUCAUAAUCCCGCUCUCAAAUAUACUCAAUAUGGCGAAUCAAUAUUUGACCCUGGGACUAAAGAAUUGCUUGGAGGUGGCGUGGAAUUGUGGCAAGGAUUCUUUUCAAGUGCUCGCUCGGGCGAUGGUAAAGUCUAUUUGAACGUGAAUGUGAAUCAUAUGACCGCUUAUGAGCCGGUUAGCUUGGAGGAGUGGAUUUGCAAAUUUAUCGGUAAACAGAGACUGCCGGGUAACUUUAACAAACGAACGUUUGACAAUAUAAACAGUGUCAUAAAGGAUAUCAAAGUCAGACCUCUCCAUCGCCCGGAAUGUAAGACCAAAUACAUUGUCUGUAGACUGCAUAAUAAAAAUGCGCACCAAGCUACGUUUCCCAACAAAGAUGGAAAGACAAUAAGCGUUGCUGAGCAUUUUAAGAAUGUCUACAAUGUAACCUUGAAAACACAUCAUAUAAUCGAAAUUCGCAAAGGAAAGACCCUAAUUCCGAUUGAAUUUUGUGGGAUCAUUGAGGGACAACGAUAUCAAGACAAGCAUUUGACCGGCGAACAACGCGCUAAGAUUAUCAGAAUCACAGCCAAACGUCCCAACACAAACAAAAAACUCAUUCUAGACGGUAUCAAGAAUGUAUUGUUACUUAAACAAGAAGGUCUAUUCCAACAAGCCGGCUUUACUGUCGAUAUGGAAAUGGCUCUCGUGCCAGCGCAUUUCAAAGAAAUGCCAGAACUCACUUUCGCCUCACCUUCUAAUAGGCCUAUUACUGUCAAACCGGAAGAGUGUGAUGCUACAUGGAAUUUGCGUGAUCUAAAAUUCUUCAAACGGGGAGAGAACCUGCUGAGUUUGUUUGCCAUUUCCUUUUUGCCGGGAACUUUCUCGAAAUCAGUCAAGGGAUUCCUUCGCAAAUUAGGCGACCAAGCGAGAAAAUUGGGUAUGGAAAUCUCAACCGAAGCUCCACAAGUCGAGUGUGUCCAAUGGGUAGACUAUAAUCAGGCUCGUGAAGAAAUUUCAAAAAUCCUUGAAGAUAAGAGAUCGAAGAACUGUUUGCCCCAACUUGUUUUUUACAUUCUCGAAGAUAAAAAAAACUGUUCCCAAGUAUAUAAUCCCGUCAAGGUAAUCAGUGAUACCCAAAUUGGUAUCUUAUCUCAAUGCAUUCAGGCCUCCCGUAUCAAAGACGUUAAGACGGCAUACCUCUCGAAUGUCGCCUUAAAACUCAACUUGAAACUCAAUGGAAUAAACUACACCAUGGACCUGCCUCGAACCAAAAAAGUACCAACGAUGUUUCUCGGAGCCGACGUCACUCAUCCACCAUCAGGGUCAAAGGGAGUUCCAUCGAUUGCAGCAGUUGUAGGAUCCGUUGAUGAAUAUGCCGUUCAAUACGUAGAGAAACAUCGAGAACAGCAUAAGGAAUCAAAGAACAGCCAGAAAACCGGUCGCGGUAAAGAAGAAAUCGACGAUAUGAGUGAUAUGGUAUAUGAGAUUCUAUGUGAAUUUGAAGGUGUCCGCAAGUCGUUUCCGCAAAGCCUCAUAAUGUGUAGAGAUGGUAUCAGCGAAAGUCAAUUUCAGUCUUUGGCAUUAGAAAAGGAACUUCCUUCUAUAAAAGCGGCAUGCCACAAAGUGGAUCCGAAUUAUAACCCGACGAUUACCUAUAUCGUCGCUUGUAAAAGACACCAGACAAGAUUUUAUCCUAAGCAACCGGACGAUGAAAAUGACAGAAAUAAAAACGUAAAACCCGGAUUGACUGUUGAGCGUGACAUCACUCACCCGCAAUUCUUUGAUUUUUAUAUCAAUUCACAUUCGAGUCUUCAAGGAACCUCACGUUCAUGUCGUUAUUGUGUCCUCUAUGACGAGAAUGGGUUUGGAGCGGAUGAGAUUCAGGACCUUUUGAACAAGCUGUGUUAUAAUUUCCAACGGUCGCCUAGAGCAGUUUCCAUUCCUGCACCAACCUAUUAUGCGCAUUGCGCCGCGAAGAGGGCGCGAUCACAUAUUGUCGACGGGCAACUGCAUGUAACCGAGCCGAAUUUGGCAAGUCGAUAUCCCAUGUAUUAUGUCUAA